CGAUUCGAUUCUGCAAAUUUCUGAAUCCCUUAGAAGAGACCGAUUUGAAUCGAAGUUAUUUCGAUUCAGUAACCGAUUUUCGCAGCAAAUUACCAGUCCCAAAAUCCAUGGGUUCAUAUUCCUAGUAGGAUAAGAUGGGAGGCCACUGGUCAGUCUGUGAUCGAUUAGGUUAGUUUGGGGAACCCUGUUUCAUCCCAACCGAAUCCGGCUCGGCUGUUAGCAACAGAGGUCGAUUCGGUGGAGGUCGUGGGUUGAAGGGUCGAGGGGAGGAGAAAAAUCGCGUAACUGCGAAGGAAAUCGAUUCGUGAAUCCGACAGCCUUCUCUCCUCGCCCGAAUCCGUGCCGUCCUGGGAAAGUCCUUCAAAUCCCAGCUCCGUUUCAUCUUGGUGUCGCAUUUUAGAAGUUUCUCGAUCGAGGGAUCUGCCUUAAGCAGUUCUUUACGUUGAUUUUGGUGGUCGCAGUAGUAGCAGCAUCUCGCCGGCGUCAAUCGUCGGUUUUGAUUUUUAGUUGGUGAUAUCGCCCCAAUCGUGUUGAAUCGAUUGGACGAAAAGUUUGGUCCGUGGGGGAAUGAGGAAGAGGGAGAGAGAGAACCCCUGCGGGGUGUGUGGGCAUUACCACAAGUAUGAGGAAGGGGAGGUGUGCGGCGUCUGCGGCCACCGAAUGCCAGCGAACUCUGAGAGGUCCACUCCGCAGACCAGCGCCUUCCCGAGCGAGAUCAUCCCCGACUUCUUGUAUCUGGGCAGCUACGACAACGCCUCUCGUGCCGAGCUCCUCAAGACGCAGGGCAUCUCCCGUGUUCUUAACACUGUACCUGCCUGUCAAAACCUAUAUAAAAAUUCUUUUACGUACCAUUGCCUAAAAGAGGAGGAAAAGCUACCAUUUGGUGAUGCUAUUCAGUUCAUAGACCAUUGUGAAAAGGAUAAGGCACGGGUUCUUGUGCAUUGCAUGUCUGGAAGAAGCAGAUCUCCCGCUAUCGUGAUUGCAUACUUGAUGAAGCAUAAAGGAUGGAGGCUUGCUCAGAGUUAUCAGUGGGUGAAAGAUCGUAGGCCUUCCGUGGAACUGUCUGCAGCUGUCUAUCAGCAAUUGCAGGAGUAUGAACAGAGCCUCUUCGGAACUAGCACUAAUGGUCCAUCACCUCUUAUAAAUGCGGAUGAGCUGCCCUCUUUGAAAUUCGGGUUUCCAGCCACAGGUGCUGCUUUGCCAGCUCCUCUCUUCAACCAACCACCAACUAGCUCCAUUUUUGAUAAAGGGAAUCUGAGCAUUCCGCCCCCUGGAUUCACUUUCGGAGCAAGGGACAGCGACCCUCUUGGUGUCCUCCCUCCAAAUGGAAGCGAUGCACCUAUGGAUAGCUCGUAAUGUUGUGAAAAUGUGCAUUACUAGAAAAAUCUACGGUACUAUGAAGGCCAACGGAAAUUGAUGCUAUGUGGCAAAAUCCUUCAAGUUUUUUAUGUGAAGUUUGUCAUGUUGAUAGGUCUUCAUACUUAUGUCCAAUAAGCAUCCAUUCACUGGACAUAUUUAUCUGAGAAAAUGUGUAUGUUUCAGUCUUUUCUGUAAGUAUUGGUUAUAUAAAAAUUUAUUUUCAUUGUUCAUUUUCCUA